GCCUGCGGCCGAGCAACAAGUCCUCAACAAGUCCACAAAAAGUCCACAAGAUGUUCGUCUUUGUGCAGAAAGAUCCGCUCCAAAUUCCAAAAUGACAAAAGGUGUCCGCGGGCGGCGGCGGGGACACGCGUGACGUGUCUGUGGAAGUAGUCUGCGUGGAAGAUGCUGGGCAUGUACGUGCCGCACAGAUUCUCCCUCAAAGCCUCCAAAGUCCAGGACGGGAUCGGCCUUUUCACGGCGAGGCGGGUGAAAAAGGGAGAGAAGUUUGGACCCUUUGCAGGCGAGAAGAAGCUUCCUUGCGAGCUGGACGAAGGUUCUGACAGCAGACUUAUGUGGGAGGUCCGCGGCAGCAAGGGGGAUGUUCUCUACAUCCUGGACGCCAGCAACCCGCGCUACGCCAACUGGCUGCGCUUCGUCCACCAGGCACCUUCGCAGGAGCAGAAGAACCUGGCGGCCAUUCAGGAUGGAGAGAACAUCUUCUACCUGGCUGUGGACGACAUCGAGACGGACACGGAGCUCCUGAUUGGCUUCCUGGACAGCGACAUGGAGGAGGAGGAGGAGGAGGAAGAGGAGGAGGCGACCAAGGAUGAGGAGGAGAGCAGCAAGGAGGCCAAGCACCUUCUAGAAAUGGAGCUGGUCAUCAAGAAGGAAGACCACCCCUGUCUGCUGUGUGAGAGCAGCUUCCCCAGCGAGGAGAUCCUGGCAGCCCACCUGCAGAGUCUGCACCAGAGACCCAGCACCGAGGACAAGGACUUCAAGUGCAGGAACUGUGGCAAGAAGUUCCCUGUCAAGCAAGCCCUGCAACGCCAUGUGCUGCAUUGUUCAGAAGCAGCCAGUCCUUCAGGAGAGUCCAAGGCGCAUCAGUGUUCGUUGUGUCACAGCACCUUCAGCUCAGAGUCCAGCUUCGAGCAGCACAAGGAGGCGUGCAGAGGAGACGCCAGGUUCAUAUGCAAGGAGGAGAGCUGCGGGAAAAGGUUCAAGAGCAAGGACGCUCUGAAGAAACAUAAAGGCAACGUGCACACAGGGAGUGCAAGAAGGAAGCUCACCUGUACGAUAUGCAACAGGAAGUGUUCCUCUUCUCUCAAUCUACAAGAACAUCGAAAGAUCCAUGAAAUAUUUGAAUGUCACGCCUGCGACAAGAAGUUCAUCUCCACCAAUCAGCUCAAGCGUCACAUGAUCACACACUCAGAGAAGCGGCCGUACACCUGCGAGAUCUGCAGCCGCUCCUUCAAACGCCUGGACCAGGUGACGGCCCACAAGAUCAUCCACAGCGAGGACAAGCCCUACAAGUGCAAACUGUGCGGGAAGGAGUUCGCCCACAGGAACGUCUACAAGAACCACAAGAAGACACACUCGGAGGAGAGACCCUUCCAGUGCGAGGAGUGCAAGGCUCUCUUUCGCACGCCCUUCUCUCUACAGCGCCACCUACUCAUCCACAACAGCGAGAGGACCUUCAAGUGUGACCAGUGCAACGCCACCUUCAAGCGGAAGGACACGCUCAAUGUGCACAUCCAGGUGGUGCACGACGGCCACAAGAAGUACAAGUGUGACCUGUGUGAGAAGGCCUUCGUCACGCCCUCCGUCCUCAAGAGCCACAAGAAGACGCACACGGGCGAGAAGGAGAAGAUCUGUCCCUACUGCGGACAGAAGUUUGCCAGCAACGGCACGCUGAGGGUCCACAUCCGCAGCCACACAGGAGAGCGACCCUAUCAGUGUCCGUACUGCGACAAAGCCUUCAGCAAGAACGAUGGACUAAAGAUGCACAUCCGCACGCACACACGAGAGAAACCCUACAAGUGCAGUGAGUGUAACAAGGCCUUCAGUCAGAAAAGAGGACUGGAUGAACACAUGAGGACUCACACAGGAGAGAAACCUUUCCAGUGUGAUGUGUGCGACCUGUCCUUCAGCCUGAAGAAGAUGCUGAGUCGACACAAGUUGACCCACAACCCCAACCGUCCAAUGGCGGAGUGCCAGCUGUGCCACAAGAAGUUCACCAGGAACGACUACCUCAAAGUGCACAUGGAGAACGUCCAUGGAGAAACCGAGGGCUAGGACUCCUCCAAGAACCGGACACUUUGCUGGAUCCUGAAGGUCUUUGGUGAUCUCGCUGCUGUCCGUCACACUCAAGUCUUACAUUUCCUGUCUGACCUACUACUAGUACUAGUACUAGUUAGUUAAAAGUACUAGUACUUUUAUACUUGCAGUACUGUGGAAAUGUCCAGCAGUUAUAUCCAUGACCAUACUACUUCCUGUUUAUACUUCCUGAUUCUAAUUCCUUCC